UCUACUACUAUAAUGAAACAUUCUUAAAAAUUAAUCAAAAAUAUAAAAAUCAAACCUUAGGCGAGUAGUGUCAACCCGGAUUCGAGCCUUCCUGGAUCGAUAUCACCGAAAAAAGAAUCGAUUUUUUUGGAGUUUUUGAGUUUAGAAUUGAAUUGGGAGGCAAGGAGCAACAGAUAUGCAGACGUUGGGGGAAUUCAAGCUGCCUCAUUUCUUCAAUUACCCUCCCUAUUUCACUUUGCAGCCAGUGAAGGACACCAGGGAGAGGCAGAUACAGCUCUGGAAGGAGCUGAUACUCGAAUAUUGUUGGACACACAAAAUUUUUGUGGUUGGACUCGAUGAAGACUUCCCACUGUUUAGCAAUCAAGUGAUUGAAAGAUCCCUAAGUCAUGAAGCUAGGGAGGCAUUUCUCUCUGCCCUAGUAUCAGAAGGACGUGCCGAAUGGUUGGAUAAGAGUCAUAGAAAAUGUCUCCUCCUCUGGCAUCGCAUACCUGAUUGGGCUGACCUUAUAAUAAGCUUUGUUAGGGAUAAUGGACUUGAAGACAGUGUGAUGACUGUUGAGGAAAUACGUUCAGGAAUUGAGUCUCGAGGGACAGAGCUUCAUGGUAUGGACCGUACUAUUCUUAUGCGAGCCUUAAAACACCUAGAACACAGGGGGAAGCUCGCGAUCUUCAAAGGGACUUCUGCUGAUGAUGAAGGCAUCAAGUUUUCCAUAUAGUUUGUGUAAUUGCUUAAAUGAUUGGACUUGUUGUGGAAACUGGCUUCUGUCAUAUCAGUCUCCCCUUCUGUCGUAAGAGAGAGAAAAAUUAUGCUUUACAAAACUCUCCACAUAUUUCAGUAAAGGAGGAAGGCAGAGGGAAAUAGAAAUGGGAGAAAUAAUAAUGUAGAAUUUUAUUUUGUUAAAUAAAUUAAAACAACAUAGUUUUGAUUGCAA